AUGAACGUCCGAAUUCUUGUUACAAUAGCGUCCGGAGCGUCGGCCGUCGUGAUAUUCGUCUGUCUCGUCUUCGUCGGCUUACUUCUGCACGACAUUAACAACCUCUAUGAUAACGUGAUGGAUGAUAUGAAGGAUUUCAAAUCUCUCGCCAAUGAAGCAUGGAGAGACAUGGUAGUAGCGUACGGCGGCUCAUCUCGGCGACAAGAAUUCGGCACUAUUUUCGGAAGAACUAAACGAGAGGCGAAUGUGAUUUGUGCCUGCGAUGUCACCCAGGGCGUCUGUCCACCUGGUCCGCCUGGUCCAAGUGGAUCUCCGGGAGAACCUGGCGAAAAUGCCCCGGAUGGGAAACCCGGACGUUCAGGAACCCCCGGAAUCAGUAUCUUAAACACUCAUGUGCCUACUGGUUGCAUUCAGUGCCCAGUUGGACCACAAGGACCACAAGGCCCAGACGGUCCCGAAGGACCAAGUGGACCUGAUGGAAUGCCGGGACAACCAGGGCAACCUGGGUUCGACGGCAGACCUGGAGAGCCAGGACCGCAAGGUGAUGCUGGAGAACCUGGAGUAAGUGGUUUCGAUGGAUCCCCUGGAGCACCUGGAGCAAAUGGACAACGCGGACGUGGCUUACCAGGAUCGGCUGGUCUUCCUGGAGCACCAGGUAACCCUGGUGAACAAGGCAGCAAUGGAAUGGACGGUGCACCUGGCGAGCCGGGUAUCCCUGGAGAACCGGGUAUUCCUGGAAACGAUGGAAUUGAUGGUGAACCGGGAGUACCAGGUGUGCAAGGCGAAAUGGGACUACCUGGAGUUGAUGCUGCCUACUGUCCUUGUCCACCUCGUACGUCAAAUGUGGAAGGAGGCGAAGUGGUUCAACAACCCUAUAAGCGUCGCGUUGCAAAAGUUUGA